AUGGACCAAUAUCUUUUAGACAACGUUGCCCGAUACCAAACCUUACUUCAAAGAUUCAGACCUCCCCCCCAGAACAGGACCGGUGAAGCCAAGACCUCAACGAGCUCAAGUAUUGUCGUGAAUACACGUAUCCGCCCUCUUCUGGAAGAUGAAGUUUCAUCUGGGCAGGUCAUCGCUGCUUUUCCCCGUGAAGAUGGAAGUGGAGUAGUGGAUCUCCAUGAGCUACGGCGGUCUUCUGCUUUCAAGAUUGGAAAAGUCUUCGGCGCUGAUCAAACCACUGAAACGAUAUACAAUGAGACUGUGCAACCGCUUCUUCCAUAUGUCUGGAAAGGCAACAUCGGUACCCUUUUCGCCUAUGGCCAGACAGGCUCCGGAAAGACCUUCACAGUCAGCGGACUUGAGCGACUAAUCGCCAAGUCCCUAUUUAGUGAAUCCUUAGCUGAACGAAAGAUCCAUGUCUGCAUUUUCGAGUUGGCAGGCAACUCAGCAUUUGAUCUCUUGAAUUCUCGCGCCCCAUUCAUGAUCCUAGAAGACUCUUUCGGUAGCACCCAGCUCGUUGGGAUUCAAGAGCGCCACGUCCAAAGCACAGCCGAGCUACUCAACGUAGUCGAAAACGCAAACACAUUCCGACAAACUGCCUCAACAGAAAAGAACGACGGCUCAUCCCGCUCGCAUGCAGUGUGCCGAAUCAGAAUUGAGAAUCCAGCUCCCGAAGCAGCUGGAGUGGAAGAUGGAAUCCUAUACCUAAUUGAUCUGGCGGGCUCAGAAGCCGCCCGGGAUAUUUUCAAUCAUACCGCAGACCGGAUGAAGGAAACUCGAGAAAUCAACAUAAGUCUUUCAAUUUUGAAAGAUUGUAUUCGUGGUACGGCUGAUCUCGAUGCCGCAAAUGCAGCUGGGAAACUCUCAAAGAAGCCUUACAUACCAUUUCGACAAAGCAUGUUGACCAAAGUGCUUAAGCAUCUUUUUGAUCCGGACAGGUCUCGUGAAUGUCGGACUUCGGUACUUGCUUGUGUUAACCCGAGCUUUUUGGAUACGGGAGCGACUAAGAACACGCUUCGAUAUGCUGAGAUGCUUCAGUUAGCGCAGCCUACGCAAAAGGCUGCUUCGUAUAAUCCUUCGGUGCCGACUACUUGGAGUAAUAAGGAUCUGCGAACAUAUAUCAGAAUAAAGAGCAAAACCCUCGACCCAGUAACCCUCUUCCACUCCCCAACCCUAGCAAGCAGCACCCGCACCCUGAACCUAUUGAAACAAGCCUCCAUCACCGCCUCCGAAACAGCAACAGAAGACCAAGCAAGCGACUACUCCUCGCACGCAAAGCAGCAGCGCGGCGACUUCGAGCUCGAAGUCACAACUGACCUGCCUACAUCGGAUCAGCUACGGAAUAUCCUGGAUUAUAUUUCGCCUGUUUCUGGUGUUGGAGGACAGGGUGAGAAGGCUACUUAUGGGGUUGCGGAGUUGGUGAAGGGGGCUAAGGAUGCGGAGGAUGCGAUUAAGAGGUUUAAGGAGGAUCAGACUUCUUUUGUGAGGCCUGUUACUGUUGAUUGGGUUAACGGCCGGGCUGUUAUUGGAGAUCAGGAGUCUGAGAUUUUGAAGAUGGUUCGCAAGCUGCCUAACAACUAA